AGACGUACAUAUCGCAGGGAACUCUGAUCCUUAUAUGAUUGACGUUAUCGGAUUUCCUAUUAACACGUCGGUCGAAGAUGAUGAUUUUGAUCCAGACUGGGAGCUGCAACCGCAAGCAAAAAAACCAAAAAGAGGUACCAAAAGACAGACAAUAUCUGAUGUUAUACAACGCAUACAAAUGUUUAAUAAUAAGACAAGAACAUACAAAGACUAUAGGGACAUGCAAGUUAUGAGGAGCCUCUACAACAUAUGCUCAAAUUUGAAAAUAGAAGAUCCGGAAAGGAUAUAUAAACUAUUUCUAGAAAGAUUGAAAUCAAGAUCUAGAUUAGAGAGAAAUGAUGAUAAGCUUGAGCUACUAGCUGCGGUUCUUUGUUACCUGGAUAAACGAAUAUCCAACAUAAACGUGAAUAUCAGCGAUGCCAUUAAUAAAAUUCCCGCAAAUAAGCCAAAAAUACAUAGGAAAAGUUUUGUGAAAGAAAUAUCAAAAAUAUGCCACGAAUUAAAGGUAAGUUUUCUCCCGGUUACACCCAAUAUUAUCGUUGUUCGUGAUAUGUUGGAUGAGCUUUUAUUUUUCAUUCGCAACAAUGAUUUUGAUAGAUCAUCAAAAACGUUGUAUUUACAUUCACCAACGGUGAAUAAGAUAAUAAAUAAAUUGUACAACAUGGAACAACUGGAUAGCACCGACUCCAACUUCAUUGCAGAAAACACUCCGAGUAUGCAUGUCGACAUGAAAAAUAAAUCAGAUACAAUUGGACCUUUAUUGACUGAUAUUGCAUCAUUAUUGGACACAGACGACCAGUCAAACAACUCUGUGGAGGAUAACGAAAACAAGCUACGUAAAGGUAGAGUCAAGGUUAAUGAAUAUCGAACUAUGAUGGCUGACAAAAUAGACAAAAUGUAUGACACUAUAUGUGAUUAUAUUGUACGUUUAAUAGUUCUAUGUCACCAUUCGGGUAUUAUGAAAAACACAGACAUACUGAAUGCCAAUGAAAGGUUAAAUAUUGUUUGUAAAAAAACAUUCUUGGCUUCGAUAAUUAAAAUCGUGUUGAAUAUGUUCAACAUUAAACUGCGAAAUCUCUACAUGCUGAAUGCUUGGAAAAUUGUUCCCUCUACGUUUUAUCGUAAUGGCGACAUACUGUUAACGAGUGCAGUUGAAUGGUUACACCGCAAGUAUGAAGUAGUGGUUAAUUCAAAAGUUUUGAUUCUUAAAUUCUUGAAGCACAUACUGGAUAAAGUUGAUCCAAACGAUGUGGAGUGCUGUGCAAAUAGCGUAACAUACGAAUGUAGGAAGGAGUUUAGCUAUGCUCAAUCUCCAAUUGAAGAUCCAAUCAUUAAGCACGUAAACAAUCCAACAUAUAUGGGUGGUAUACCUGAAGUUAGGAUGAUGAAUAUAACGUCCGAUUUUUGGAAUGUGGUUGAUGACAGGUUGUGGAAGGAAAAACAAGCAUCGGGUGGUUCAACUCACGUUGACGUUGAUGAUAAUGAUCAUGAAAUCUCAGAUAGUGAAUCUGAAGAUGAAAAUCUUAAUGAAUCGCACCUUUUAAAUAAAAAAAAUGCUGUUGAGAAAACUACCAAGCAUGAUAAAAUACGUGAUUCAAAUAACGUUCGAUAUGUAAUCUUGCUCAUUGCGAAGACGAUUGGAAUGAUAAAUAUGGAAGCCUUUAAUAAACGCAGGUAUCAAGCUGAAUAUGACAGUCGAAUCUUUUUUAUAUUGACUUACUUACUAAAUGCACUCGAGGACAUUAGACCUAUAGAAGGUUUCAAAGUAGUCGUUGAUGAUGAUGGUACAUCCAUAGUGAAGUAUAGGGAUAAUACACGUAUCAAGAAUACCAGAUUUUCAGUUGAUAGAUUUGGGAAAAAUACACCCAUGGUGGCAUGGACAUUUGCAAAGGCAUUAUCUAGUAUGGUUUCUGAUGAAAGAGUGAAAAACCAAUCGACGCAUCAGCAACUAUGAUUGGCAACCAAAUGUAGCUUGAAUUAAUUUCAAC